AUGCAAGUUGAACAUACCCAUAUCAAUAAUAGUUUCAUUGUGGAUACUUUAAAGAAAUUAUUCACAUGUAACUUUUGGGAACUAGUGGCCAUUCCUUGUAGACAUGUAGUCGCUACAUUAGGUUUUAGGAACCAAUACCCUGAAGAUUUGGUUGAUGACUAUUAUUCCAAAUAUACUUAUGACAAAGGCUAUGGUUAUAAUGUAAGUCAUAUUAAUGGACAAGACAUAUGGUCGGAGGUUGACAUGGAAGAUAUGUUUCCUCCAUCACAUAAAAGAGGACCUGGACGGCCAAAGAAGCUAAUGAGGAGAGAACCUGAUGAGUACUCUAAUAAGAGAAAGCCAAAGAAAACAGCAAUAGGACAAGGACAAGAACAACCAAGAGAACAAACUCAAACUGCAACACAAGAAUAA